UGCGAGAAAAAAAAAAGAAUGCUGCCGAAUCGACUGAGACCAGUGCAAGAGAUUGGUCAGUCAUGGAGGUAGGUGAGCGGGCAGUCAUUUAGACAUCUCUCAUCAAACAACCCACCUGCCCUUUUGAACGAAAUACCAUUGCUAAUCUUAUAUCAAUUGUACACUGUAAAAUGUACACCUCUUCUUGAAACCAAAUUUCUUUGUAUAUUUGGCUGUUUGCGAAUUUGUAUUCAUUUGGAGGCUUAAAUGGCAACUCUCAUUGGGGACAGUAAAUCUGCAGUUCAACCUUCUGAAGAACAGGUUGUCCUUGAUGAACAAAUAGGCCACAUUCGGGUGGUUACACUCAACAGUCCUCGUAAAUUGAAUAUUAUUUCAUCAAAAGUGGUCUCCCGAUUAGCAGAGCUCUUUGAAAAAUGGGAGGAUGAGAAAGAGGCUGAGAUUAUAAUAAUCAAGGGAACCGGGCGAGCAUUUUCUGCUGGGGGAGACUUGAAAAUGUUUUAUGAGGGAAAGGCAGAUGAAUCUUGGAUUGAGGUUGUUUAUAGAAUGUAUUGGCUUCUAUACCAUCUUCAUACAUACAAGAAAACUCUGGUUGCAAUUGUUCAUGGGCUUGCCAUGGGAGGAGGUGCAAGUUUUGCAGUUCCAUCCACGUUCUCAGUUGUUACAGAGAACACUGUAUUUGCAACUCCUGAGGCUGGAUUUGGAUUUCACACUGACUGCAGCUUCUCAUACGUUCUGUCACAUCUUCCAGGACAUCUUGGGGAAUAUUUAGCAUUAACAGGAGCACGGUUUGAUGGCGCAGAGAUGGUUGCAACUGGUCUUGCCACUCAUUAUGUUCCGAGUAAGAAAUUGCCAGAACUUGAGAAGCGUCUAGUCAGCUUGAGUUCUGGAGAACGUGAAGCUGUGAAGGCCAGUAUCGAAGAAUUUUCUAUUCAAGUCAAGCCUGGGGAGAAAAGCAUUCUGAAUAAUAUUCCAUUGAUUGAUAAGUGCUUCUCCAAGGAUACGGUAGAGGAGAUCAUAGAAUCUUUAGUCGCUGAAAGCAACACAGAAGGAAACGAAUGGGUCAAAGAAACCAUCAAGACUCUGAAAAGAUCUUCUCCAUCAGGAUUAAAGAUAACUUUGCAAUCGAUUCGACGAGGUCGUAAACAAAUACUAUUUGAAUGCCUAAAGAAGGAGUUCAGGCUCACAAUAAACACUUUGAGAGGACUGAUAUCCAAUGAUAUGUAUGAGGGUAUCCGAGCAAUAAUGAUUGAAAAAGACAACUCUCCUAAGUGGAAUCCUCUCUCUUUGAGUGAAAUCACUGAAGAGAAGCUUGAGUUAGUCUUUAAUCCAUUCAAGGAUGAAUUUGAACUACAGCUACCGGAAGAAGGGAAAAUAGCCAGGUGGGAAGGGAAAUAUGAAAAUUCAAGCUACCAAAAGAAGUAGGAUCGAUACCUCUACGGUUUCCUUUCAAAAUAUGGAGCUAAAUAAGUGAAGGCAUAAAAUAUGUUGAUGCCAAUUGGAGAGUGGCGAUCCUUGUUUUAUUUGAAAUUGAACACUUCCUUGUGACUGUGAAAGUAUAUCAACUAUAUUAAUAGAGUUCCAUGUUUCACUAUUUA